UGGACAACAGUGUUACAAAAAUAUUUUCCUGGACCAAAUAAUCAUAGUAAGAAAUAUGGUACGAAAAUGAUAUUAUACAUUCUAGAUGUUCCUUCCUUCUUUGACGAAGAAAAAUAUGGCAUUCAAUGUUCAACUAAUCAUCGGGAAGCCGCCAUCAACGAAACUUACAGUGACUAGUCUUCAAUAUUUGUCAAGUCAAGCGGCGGUGUCUUUGCCCUCCUCACUGCUUCGUUAUAAGCUCCCUAAUUUCUCUUCUCAUUCUCGUAAACAAAUCUCCACCUCCAUCUGUAAUCCAUUCUUUAUUCAAAAAACAAAAAUUAUCUCAUCUGGUGAUGAAUUUAGUUCCUCUUCAUAAAAGAUUUUCAUAAUUUAGUUAGUUAACCAUUUUCUUUUGCUAGAUUAUACACCGACAUUUGCAGUAGUGAUUGAAUUAAUCAAUAAAUUGUGGCUAAAAUGGCUGCCGCUUUUGCUGAAGAAGAUCUAGCGAGGACGAUGAGCAGAACAAUGACUCGUCGCCCGACGAUGCGGUCGGGGAGUCGGCGGAACUGGAUGGCAUCGGCGAGUCUGGCGUCCGCAAGCAUCCGAGAGGCGUGGAAUUCACAAACAAAUGUGUUUACGCAGAGCCAACGGCAGGAUGAUGAAGAGGAGCUGAGAUGGGCGGCAAUCGAACGGCUGCCAACGUAUGAUCGGUUGAGAAAGGGGAUGCUGACGCAGGUUCUUGAGAAUGGGAAGAUUGUGCACGAUGAGGUUGAUGUGACAAGAUUCGCCAUGGAAGAUAAGAAGAAACUGAUGGAUAGUAUAUUGAAACUGAUUGAAGUUGACAAUGAGAAAUUUCUAAACAGACUUCGAAACAGAACAGAUAGAGUGGGAGUUGAAAUUCCAAAAAUUGAAGUUCGAUUUGAGAAUUUAUCAGUUGAAGGAGAUGUCCAUGUUGGAAGUAGAGCACUUCCCACUCUGCCCAAUUCUGUUAUUAAUGCAAUCGAGAGCGCUCUGGGUUCAGUUCGUCUUGCUCCAUCAAAGAAAAAAAAAAUCCAAAUUCUUAAAGAUGUUAGUGGAGUCCUCAAACCAUCAAGGAUGACCCUUCUUCUGGGUCCUCCAGCCUCUGGGAAAACAACAUUGUUGCUCGCUCUUGCAGGCAAACUCGAUAAGGAACUGAGGACAUCUGGAAAAAUUACCUAUUGCGGACACGAAUUGCACGAGUUUGUUCCUCAGAGGACUUGUGCAUACAUCAGUCAACAUGAUCUUCACUAUGGAGAGAUGACAGUGCGCGAGACAUUGGAUUUCUCCGGCCGCUGUUUAGGUGUUGGCACCAGAUAUGAUAUGCUGGCAGAGCUUUGCAGAAGAGAGAAAGAAGCAGGAAUUAAGCCAGAUCCUGAGAUUGAUGCUUUUAUGAAAGCCACGGCAGUGGUGGGUCAAGAAACUAGUUUGGUUACAGAUUAUAUUCUCAAGAUUCUUGGCUUGGAUAUAUGUGCUGAUACUAUAAUUGGUGAUAACAUGAGAAGGGGUGUUUCUGGUGGACAAAGGAAGCGUGUAACUACUGGAGAGAUGUUGGUGGGACCAGCAAAGGUUCUUCUAAUGGAUGAGAUAUCAACAGGACUGGACAGUUCAACCACUUUUCAAAUUUGCAAGUUCAUGAAGCAAAUGGUUCAUAUUAUGGAUGUUACCAUGAUGAUUUCUCUUCUUCAGCCAGCGCCGGAGACAUAUGAUCUCUUUGAUGAUAUUAUCCUACUAUCAGAAGGUCAAAUUGUCUAUCAAGGUCCACGGGAGAAUGUCCUUCAAUUCUUUGAAUACAUGGGUUUUAAAUGCCCAGACAGAAAAGGAGUUGCUGACUUUCUGCAAGAAGUAACUUCCAAGAAGGACCAGGAACAGUAUUGGUUUAGGAAGAACCAACCUUACAGUUUUGUUUCGGUUUCUGAUUUUGUUGAAGGUUUCAAAUCUUUUCACCUUGGCCAGCAGAUUGACUUAGAUCUUAGAGUUCCUUUUGACAAAUCUAAAGCCCACCCUGCUGCAUUGGUGACAGAAAAGUAUGGCAUUCCAAAUCGAGAUUUGUUCAAGGCAUGUUUUGCGAGGGAGUGGCUGCUAAUGAAGCGUAAUUCUUUUGUUUAUAUAUUCAAGACUACCCAGAUAACGAUUAUGUCAUUAAUAGCCAUGUCCGUGUUCUUUAGAACAGAAAUGAAACCGGGCACUUUCUUUGGUGGAACUAAAUAUUUUGGAGCGUUGUUCUUCAGUUUAGUUAAUGUGAUGUUUAAUGGGAUGGCAGAACUUGCAAUGACUAUUAUGAAGCUUCCUGUCUUCUAUAAACAAAGGGAUCACUUAUUCUACCCUGCAUGGGCUUUUGCUUUACCUAUAUGGAUCCUUAGGAUCCCUUUAUCGAUUUUGGAAUCAGCUAUAUGGAUCAUUCUGACAUAUUAUACAAUUGGGUUUGCUCCCUCUCCAGGCAGGUUUUUCCGACAAUUCUUGGUAUUACUUGGUGUACAUCAGAUGGCUCUGUCCCUCUUUAGGUUUAUUGCUGCUCUUGGAAGAACAGAAGUUCUAUCAAAGUUGCUGGGUACCUUCACCUUGCUAAUGGUUUUUCUGCUUGGAGGAUUUAUUAUUUCCAAAAAUGACCUUGAGCCAUGGAUGAAGUGGGCAUACUAUAUGUCUCCUAUGAUGUAUGGACAGAAUGCUCUAGUUAUGAAUGAAUUUCUUGAUAAAAGAUGGGCCAAAGCCUAUAAUGCCACCGGCAGUGAUGCACAUACAGUAGCAGAAGUACUUUUAAACACUAGAGGCUUCUUUACCGAUGGGUAUUGGUUUUGGAUUUGCAUUGCAGCGCUUUUUGGAUUUUCUCUACUCUUCAACAUUUUAUUCAUUGGAGCAUUGACUUAUUUGAGUCCUUUUGGUGAGUCAAAAGCAACUGUCAUAGAGGAUAAUGGAGGCAAGAAGAAAAAGAAGCAAGCCUCUGAGGAACAUGGUGUAGAAGGUAUUAACUCGACAAUGAAAAGCUCAUCCGAAAUGGUCAACCUUGCUGACUCCAAAAGAGGAAUGGUUAUGCCCUUCCAACCCCUUUCACUUGUAUUCAACCAUGUGAACUACUAUGUGGAUAUGCCUGUUGAAAUGAAGACUCAAGGGGUUGAAGAAGAUCGUCUUCAACUGUUACGAGAUGUUAGUGGUGCUUUCAGACCAGGGGUAUUGACGGCACUAGUAGGUGUAAGUGGUGCAGGGAAGACAACUCUGAUGGAUGUCUUGGCAGGAAGGAAGACUGGAGGGUAUAUUGAGGGAAGUAUUAGCAUUUCUGGCUACCCAAAGAACCAAGAAACAUUUGCACGUGUAAGCGGUUAUUGUGAGCAGAAUGACAUUCAUUCACCUCAUGUAACUGUAUAUGAAUCACUUCUAUACUCAGCCUGGCUUCGUCUUCCUUCAGAAAUAGAUACAAAAUCACGGAAGAUGUUUGUCGAAGAAGUUAUGGACUUGAUAGAGCUCAAACCAUUGAGGAAUGCUUUAGUUGGGCUUCCAGGUAUAGAUGGCCUUUCAACAGAACAGAGAAAGAGGUUGACAAUAGCUGUAGAGCUGGUUGCUAACCCCUCUAUCAUCUUCAUGGAUGAGCCAACAUCUGGUCUUGAUGCUAGAGCAGCUGCCAUUGUCAUGCGUACCGUGAGAAAUACAGUGGAUACGGGAAGAACUGUUGUGUGCACCAUUCACCAGCCAAGCAUAGACAUUUUUGAAGCGUUUGAUGAUCUACUCUUGAUGAAACGAGGUGGACAAGUCAUUUAUACUGGACCCCUUGGUCGCCAUUCUCACAAACUCGUAGAAUAUUUUGAGGCUAUCCCAGGGGUUCCUAAAAUUAAGGAUGGAUACAAUCCAGCGACAUGGAUGCUUGAGGUCACUGCUCCUUCGGUUGAGGCUCAAAUGGGUGUGGAUUUUGCUGAAAUCUAUGCCAACUCCUCUUUAUAUCAGAGGAAUCAACAACUUAUCACAGAGCUUAGCACUCCAGCUCCGGGAUCCAGUGAUCUCUUUUUCCCAACCAAAUACUCACGAUCCUUUUUUACUCAGUGCAAAGCUUGCUUCUGGAAACAAUUUUGGUCUUACUGGAGACACCCUGAAUAUAAUACCAUCCGGUUUAUACUUACGAUAUGUAUUGGCCUUCUUUUUGGUCUCGUCUUCUGGGACAAAGGCCAGAAAACAUCCAAUCAGCAAGAUUUGAUAAACUUUUUAGGAGCUGUUUAUGCUGCUAUGACAUUCCUCGGAGCUUCCAAUGCUACCAGUGUGCAGUCUGUUGUUGAUAUCGAGAGGACAGUUUUUUACCGUGAAAGAGCAGCUGGGAUGUAUUCUGCGCUACCUUAUGCAUUUGGUCAAGUUCUCAUAGAGAUAAUUUAUGUGGUAGUUCAAACUAUCAUCUACACUCUUAUCCUCUACUCCAUGAUUGGAUUCGAGUGGCAGGUGGAUAAAUUCUUCAUGUUCUUCUACUUCAUAUUCAUGUGCUUUAUCUACUUCACAUUGUAUGGGAUGAUGGUUGUGGCAUUGACUCCGGGCCACCAAAUCGCUGCCAUUCUUAUGUCCUUCUUCCUAAGUUUGUGGAACUUGUUCUCUGGUUUUCUGAUUCCUCGAGCGCAACUUCCUGUGUGGUCAAGGUGGUACUACUGGCUUUCUCCUGUUGCUUGGACCAUCAAUGGCCUUGUGACUUCUCAGUUGGGUGACAAUGGUGAGACUGUAAUUCUUCCAGCAGGAACUUCAACAACAGUGAAACAAUACCUCAAAGACAAUUGGGGAUAUGACUAUGAUUUCCUUCCUGUGGUUGUGGUUGUCCAUAUGGCAUGGGUUCUUGUUUUCUUCUUUGUGUUUGCCUAUGGCAUCAAGUUCCUCAACUUCCAGAGGAGAUGACGAUCUUCAAUCUCGAAUCUCUUGCACUUGUAUGUUAGUUUUUAGAGUUGUAUACAUAAAACAUUAAAAUUUUUUUCAUGUAAUUAGUGUGCUAUGGGGAAGCAAGAAUUUUCCUGUAUUAUUAUCUGUUUUUCAAUUUUAUUCUUUAUUCCUGAUUUUUUUUUAAGUAUGUGGCUGUAAUUAUAAAUCUAUCUUUACCCUGACAGGGCCUUGUUGCCAAGGAAAAGGCAAAAGUUCAGAGAAUUCGACUUUUGAUGGAAA